GCUUUGUUUGUUAUGUUAAAUAUGUAUUGUUUUGUUGACUAUUAUUGCAUAAUCAGUAAAUCGGUAACUAAUUGGUCACAUAAUGGACAGUAAUGUACAUCAAUGGACAUCAAUCAACAGAAAUGGACAACAAAGCCGACAGUGAAGACGCUUAUAAUUUGGUUUCGCAAACCCGUUGGGAAAAAGAUGUCAUUUGGGAUCCCGAUGUUGUCCGACAAGAAGUACUAAAAAAUGCCCCCAAAAAGUGUGCGACCAGUGGUUGGCUUCCGAUGGGUCCGACGUAUUCGGCGCCAGAGUUUGUCAAACAAAUUGAUUGUCCAUUUGAUAAUCAAAUGAAAUAUGAAAGACAUAAAAUCAAUAACAAUUGUGUUAACAAUAGUUGCAAUAAAACUCCGAAAAAUUGUGAUAACAAUCAAAAUAAAGAUAACAACAAUAAGUCUUCUUCUAAUAGAUUGUCAAAAAAUUUGAGAAAACGAAAGGCAACUGAAGAGAUAGUGACAGCAAGUGAUGAAACUCAAGCUAUUUGUGUACCAAAGAAAAUAUGGAUAACAACUCUGAAAGAAGAAAAUCCAUUACUUGUAUAUCAUCUCUGGGAAGAUAAGAUCAUUUGGGACAACGAAGACAUGGAUAUAUCAUCGGAACCGGAGAUUAUGUUUAAUGAAGACGAUGACAAUUAUAUCAUACCAUCAAUCGAUGAUAUGAAUGAUAAUUCAAACGACUCACAAGCGGUUGGUUUUAUAAGUUUAUCAUCGGAUCAGUUAAACAUAUCAAACGAUCAGUUUUAUGCUUCAGUAGAGAAGGCCAACAGUAGUUCCACUCAUAAUCUGAUAAUCAGUCACUCGAUUCCUGCCAUAAAACUCGACUCAUUAUUAUUUCCCACUUUUUUGCUGGAUCUUCAGCGACCACUACUUAAAAGGUCACGAGCUUUGCCAUCAAAAGUUGAACACAAUGUCUAUUUUUGUAACAAACGAAUCAAAUUGAAUGGAUGUAUUGUUAACGAUGACAUAGAAGACAGAGCAACUGAUUUAAGUAAAUAUACUAUUAAUGCCAUCACAGAUCUGACUGCUUGUAAUGGAGAAGUCGUCCUAAUGGAGUAUUCAGAAGAGGAACCACCGUUUUUUAUGAGAGUGGGAAUGGGAUCUCAAAUAAUCAAUUAUUUUCAAAAAGACAAAAACAGUUGUCCGCCGACACACAGAUUCGCUCAGACAAAGACUGUGACGAGUUCUCCAUUUAUUGGAGAGAUAGGCGCCGGAAAAAGUCAAUUAUCUUUAGAGACAAAUAUGUUUAGAUCACCUAUUUUUGAACAUACAUUUCCCGAAACAGAUUUUCUCGUUAUACGAACUUUCGACAAGUAUUUCAUACGUGAUAUCAGUGGACUAUUUGUUGUUGGCCAACAAUUGCCUUUAAUUGAAGUGCCGCGACCCAAAUCUAAACAAUAUUAUGAUUUCAUUAGACAAUUUGCUAAGAUGUUUAUCUAUCGAUAUUUUAAUGGAAGAAAAACUGUUAGCGGUUUGGAUACUGAACUACAAAAAGCAUUUCCAAAUAUUAGUAAUCAUUUUAGGACUAAAAUUUUAAGAGAUUAUACUAUUAGGCAAUACGAGCGUUUUGCACUUAAAAGUGAAAUACCGUUUGAUAUUCAAAUAAACAAUUUAUUGACACCAGAAGAUUGUUGUUCUUAUUAUUCAACAUCAUUUGCUAUCAAUAAAUUCAAACAAAUGGGUUUUGGAGAUCGUCUUUAUCUUAACAAUGAAAUCAAAGACGACAAUAAAUUGGAUGAGUUAUCUAUCGCUCCCUGGAAUACAACUGCUUCUUAUAUCGCGACACUUAAUGCAAAAAAAUGGCUCAAUAUUUCUAACUAUAACGAAGACGGUUCCCUAUUGUUUGUCAAUCAGUCGUAUAGAGAUUUUAAGGAUCAAAUGCCAACCAUCAAGAAAUGUCAACCACUAACUAAUUUGUCAAUCAAAAGAGUAUCACUUCAAAGAGCACACGAAUGGCUCAUAAAUUAUGGCUUAUCUAAGGAUAGGGUCAAGAAAUUGAAGAAUGUUAUUGAGUGUCAGUUUAUUAUCAAAGAGUUAUCUGAAAAGCUACGACAAAAUGGUGUGAGAGCAGGUGUCACCAAAAGUCAAACAACUGAACAACAUUAUAGAUUAGAGUGUCAGAAGGUGUUUGAUUUGCACUCAACUUAUUACUCGAAUAACGAAAUGUUUGAAUCUGACGAAGAAGAGGAAGAAGAAGAGUCAGAAUGUGAUUCAGAACUUGAAGAUAUGGGUAAAGAUUUAGAAGCAAUGAUUCUGGAGAACAAAACAUUGGAACAAAUCGAACACGAAAGAGAAGAAGAGGAAAGAAAAUCAUUUAUGAAAGCAUUGAAAGAAGGAAAAAGUGUCAAAGAUAUCAAAAAUGAUGAGACGAGAGAAUCAUUGAAAGGAAAGCUCUUAAAAAUUACAAGACUUUAUGAAAUCAAUGGCAAACGAGAGAUCAGAACAGAAGUAGUUAGAAGACGUGAAGUGAUUGAGGCUUACGUUCGCAUAAGAAAAACCAAAACUUCUGAAUUCAUUAAACAAUUAAGUUUUGUUGGAAAUCAUAGCGAAAACGGCAACAUUUUGUCCAAACAUAAGUCUAAGUCAAAACAACCGCUAAAUAUAGUCAAUAAUAAUAAUAAUAAUAUCUCGAAACCAAUAAAUGGUUCGAUAAAAAGUAAACCAAAAAGUGAAUCUCAAGCAUCAGAUGCUAAACUAAAUCAUAACCAAAAUGAUGUCAAACUUUAUGAUUAUAACAAUAUUGAUAUUAAUGAAGACAAUGAUUGGGAUAUAAGUGACACUUCGUUUGAUGUUCAACAGCCAUUGGUUAGUGUCGAAGGAAAUAAAAUCAAGUUUUCUAAAGCAGUAGUCAUUGAAGCAAAUGAAAUGGCGGAAGAAGAACGACGUCGUAUUGAAGAGGAAGAGGAAGAAGAGAGACAAUCUAAAACUGUCAACUAUUUUCAGGUUCGCUCUAAAACCAGGUGUCGAAUUGAUCCGAUGGUAAAACUCAAAGAAGUAUUCGAUAAGCUUAUAGUUGAUGCCAGAAGAUGUGAGGAUCUCGAAGACUGCGUUGACUUCUUCAAUGAACCCGUUAAAGUCAAAGAAGUGCCCGAUUAUUAUGAUAUCAUUAAAGAUCCGAUGGAUUUGACUAAAAUUCGACUUAAAGUCAGUGAAAACAAGUAUUGGACUCGAAAAGCCUUUCUUAAAGAUAUUCAACUUAUAUAUGAAAAUUCUGUUGAAUAUAACGGCGCCGACAAUGAUAUUACUCUAAACGCAGCAAAAUUGGUUGAGUUUUGUAAAGAAAGACUAAAUUCAUUGAGUGAUGAGUUAGAAAAAUAUGAAAAAUUAUUGGAAACGGACGAUCACUACCAUCUCAAACAAUAUAUGGUAUUCAUUAUAGCCAACGAUGACAAUAGUGUAGCCGACAUCCAGACCACAACCAAUGGGUGA